CAGACUUGGACUCGACUCUCGACUUGAUUUGGGUCGGCAUUACAGUGCAUACAUCUUCUUUUGACGAUUCAUUCUUCCUUUGACCCCAUUCACGCUCAGCGCUGCAACGCCCCAACGCCCCAACGAAGCGAUGAUGGAUGGUGAAACUAGCCCGAAUGAAUCGAUUGACCUGAUUGGCGAGCAGCUGAAGAACUUGGUCAAUAGAUACAACGAGAGAGACCUUUGUGUUGCCUCGCCUGCGGGACUCUUUUCUCUAGAAGGAACGACUUGGACCUAUGACCGUGCCAGAUAUAGAAAACGGGAAGCUCUGUCAACCGAUGAAAUCGAUGAUCGAAAAGCGCUCCUGUUCCAAUUGCAAACCUCCGUCCUGCCCUCCUUAAAACAGCAACUGGCCGAUCUGUUGAAAGCAUUAGACCUAGCCGACCUGCCGAAAGACCCCAGGCCAAAACUGGUUGAUAUUCUAGAGACCAUAUCCCGACUCGGCCAGACCAUUUGA